GCGAGAGUGUGUUUGUAAUGGCAAACGUGCUUCUACAUUAAGAUCAAGGACCAUGACAACGCUCAAUGUGUCCACCUGGAGUGAGGAUCUUCGAUUUUUGAGCUCGUAAGACAGAGACGGUUAUGAACACGAAGGGGAAGAGGCAUUUCCUUCAAAUUUGGAGAGGCUCCAGAUCAUGAGAAGUUCUCUUUUCAUUGCCGCGUGUCGAGAGAGGCUCGAGGAGAGAAGCAACUGAGUUGUUGCUUUAAAAGAAUGCGUAUUAGCGAAAGACGGUCGUUUUGACCGUAGUCGGUGCCUCUGUGCUACUGUUGUACCGGAACCACCAGAGUGAGUUAAAAGUAUUAUGCUUCGUGCAUUUCCAUUUUCAAUUUUACCUUCAGAAGCACCACGAUCGGUUACAUACUAGUUUAGCCAGAAUGACCUCCACCCCUGCUGGGAUCAAUGUACCGACUGGAGGUGGUGGCAGUAGCUCCACUGGACCGGGUGCAGGUACGUUUGCCACCCACGCGGAUGUCGUGAACGUUUCCAAUGAGGGCCUUCAGAGGAUAGCAUUGGAGAAGCAGAAAAUCCUGUAUUCCCUGAAAAUUUACUGUCCCGCUCAACAUCGAAUUUGUCACGCAAAAGAUAAGGCAGGGUCUGCUUUUGUCAUGCAAAAAGUGAAUGCGGAUGCGCAUGCGAUGCUGAUUUUUCACGGAAUAUUCUCCAGAAGCUGCAGGAACAGUAUGUCCACCUGGUACAGACCAACCAGGGAUUAUCAUAUUAGAAAGUGUCCCUACCCCUGAACUUGGAAGAGUUUGUACAUGCAAAACUUCUCAAUGCCCGUCUAUGCAUGUAUGUAGUACAAAUUUUCAGUGCGUAAUGGCAAGAAGUGCAAAAGAGUCCAGCAAGAAGAGCCGGGCCUGUUUGCAUAUGUAGAAGAUGCGUUCUUGCGCCGCAGUCUAGAUUCUGCAUCGGAAACGAAAGACUGACGGUUCCCUCAUCAUGCGUAGAUAAAAAGUUUUUCAGUUGAAAACGAAAACCACAUGUGUAUCUUCAGAAACACAAACAUUAAUAAAAUUUCCGACUCCCGUGGGUAGGGCACUUUUCAUUGGGAUGGGGAUAUCAGGAGCUGACAGACCGCAUCACAAUGCUCGAAAAGCUGGUCCAUCACGCUGGCGAGGGAACGCAGCUUUUAAAGUCCGCAGCCCUGUGGGGCUUGUCGCACACGCUUCGGGACGCUUUCACCGAAGUGCGAAACCGAGAAGAGCGGGAGGCGUUGCAUAUCACCAGGAAAAAUGCCCCACCCGCCCAAAUCUUACAGAUAAAAAAUGCAGUUCGACCGAGCAAGUCGAAAGGCGAUUCUAUAAUUUUAUCGCAUCUCAUUCUCAUCGGCAGACGCAGAAGUUCUCAAAACGAAAUGCUCGUUGGCCUGGUGCUAUAGAAGAGUAGAACCAUCUGCCGCGUCCUCGGUCGUUCUCCGGCAAGAUGAGCAUCAUGUUGUUUAGCAGCAUCGUAGGCUGCUGGGUCUGACACUGACCUGCUUGGGCUAGUUGAGAAUGCGGGUGCUGUAAAAGACACGUUGUGACAGACAAGAAAUUGACUCGUGCACACAAAAAUAUGCGUCAAGAAAAAACGUUUUGCUUUUUGUUUGGAUGCUGGGAUUUUUCCUGGUGAUAUUGCAAGCGAAAGGAGACAUGGGCACCUUGGAUCAAGGUAGGCGUAGUAGAAGACGCAAAUCUUUGGCAACGAGCCACUUUUUCGUAGAUCACAUGCCAUGUCGGGAGCAGCGCAAUACUUGCUUAUGCUUUUUCUUUUUCUAUCUAAUAAAUUCUAAAUCUUUUUCUGCACGCAAACCCAAGUGCUGUCUGGGAAAAAAUCACAAAGGUGAACUGAGCCUGGCAAAUUAUGAAGUACCGACACGCUACGUGAUGGAUCCGCAGGAUACAACCAAGUUCACGCUCCGCUUGGACAAAACGGACGACAUGGUUCUUCCGAAGGUACAUACAAGAUAUCCUCGUAAAAUCAUAUCAGAAGCGUCACUCGAGAAGUAGCAGAUGAACAAAUCCUCGCAUGCGUUUAGACAGCGAGGUUCUACAACUUUUUGUAUCCAUCACGCGACUUUCGCGUUCCGUCUGUUGAUCCGUUUCCUAAACCAAAAUCAAUCAAGGCACGCGGCAACGACACACUUUCCGCUCAGUCGCAUCAGCAACCCAACCGCGCGUUUCACGCACAGGGGCCGAGUUUUGCCUCGCAGUACCAGUACCACGAAGGCCAGUACGUAUCGCGCGACCAGUUUUCGCGGAUCUUUGCCGAGCAACAGCAGAAUAGAUCUGGCUUGAUCGACGGUGGAGGUCUUGCCGAGACGCUAGCCAUGCCAUGA